GGUGUCAUGUCUGAACGUAUACGGGUCACACACCGCAUGUAGUGUGUAGGGGGUGAUGUUCUCCUGCUGGCGUGCAGUGCCCGUUGUUGUCAUGGUGCUAUAUGGGAUCAGUGUCCCUGUUGCUAGGGGAACCCGGAAGUGAGUUCAGCACACUCGCACGCUGGCUGCUGUGUAACCACGCCGGUCAGGAACAGGCAGGCGAUAUGGAGCGGAGCACCCACUACCCGCCCCCCGUGCUGCGGCCCCCGGUGUUCAGCGCCCCACCGGGCCCUGGCACCCCCACCACCUGGCCAGCAGCACCCCAUGCUCCGGACUCUGGAUUUCAUGGACAUUGGCCGCCCGCACGUCAUCAGAGUCCCUGGUAUGGAGGAUGGAAUCAGUGGGGCCCCCAGCAUGGUCAGCAGCAGUUCCCCAGCAUGCAGCCAGGUGGGCCUCGGUAUUACGACCAUGGCCGUGACUUGCAGGAAGGAAAUGGUUGUCGUGGGAACAGAGGACCGAAGAAAAGAAACAGGAAAGAGCCCAUUUUCACACACUUUUGUGACACCUGUGACCGAGGUUUUAAGAAUCAAGAAAAAUAUGAUGAACAUGUUUCACAACAUGUCAAGUGUGAAGUGGAAGACUGCAAUUUCAGAGCCCAUGAGAAACUGGUACAAUUUCACUGGAAAAGUAUGCAUGGACCUGGAGCUAAGAGAAUAAAACUGGACACACCAGAAGAAAUUGUGAAGUGGAGGGAAGAGAGACGCAAAAACUAUCCAACACUACAAAACGUAGCCAGGAAGCAACAGCUCCACAAAGACAAAGAACAACGUGGAGAAGUGCUAAAAACGGCUCAAUUUAGUAAGAUGAAGGGAAUGAAGAAUGGUGCAGGAGGCAGUGACAAAAAUAAUUGGCCAAGUAAAAAUUACAAAAACCAAAGGAACUUCAGAAACAAAUUCAGGAAAAAUCAGUCUGGGGGACAAACAGACCCUCCACAAGCAGAAGGAAAUAAUGCUGGUGCUCCUGAGGAAACGCGGACCAGUCAGGUUAAAGAGAAACCAGUGAACCCAUUAGACAUACUGGCUGGAAGUGAUCCAGAAUCCGACAGUGGUGGAGAGCAGAUGAAAACUGGCUUAACUGUUAUUCCAAGGCAGGUAACAUCUGGCCUCAGCAGACUCAUUGCCAGCUAUGAAUCUGACAGUGGCAGUGAACCUGAGGAGCUUCCUAUUAAGACCAUAGCAAAGGCUUUAGAAGAAAAUAGAGAGCUCCUUGAAAAACAUGCACAGAAUAUGGCCACCAAAUCAGCAAUUGUGAAGCCGGAAAUGGCCAAGGAUGCUCCGCGGAGAGACACCUCGGGAGUAGCAGUGCAAGGCUCUCAUGAUAACGUCCAGAAGAAAAGUCCUAAAAACGUGGUGGAGAAACCAUUUAGUAGCAAGAAGCGACCUACCCUGCUGGAGAUGUUACUGGCACGUGACAUACGGCAUGAGAGGAACGUGAUUUUGCAGUGCGUCAGAUAUAUUAUCCAGAAUGACUUUUUUGACCGCCCAUUAAACUCCAAACAACAUGAUAACCGUGACUGUUCACCAGGAAAUGCUGAUGUUUUAAUUAACACAGAAAUUAAGCUUGAACAGCAACAUAGGCGGGAUGAUGAUACAGCUAAUCAGAAGGAUGGUCCUCGUUCGUUCUUUAGGCAGUUGGAGCCUUUGGAUGAUGAGAUCUGGGAGACCAGUGCGAGCUGUAUUGAGACGUUUUGUGAUUGAUGUUUUCUAUGCUAUAAAAACAUUUUUUUUUUA